AUGAGGAGAAAGAUGAGAAACUUCAAACAUAAGACAGCUAAAGAUAAUAAAACACUCACAGAAGUGAGUGACCAAGAAUCCAUAAAAGAUAGUCAGUGCUGUGACCCUUCAACAAAUGAGAGAAUUCAGGCUGAAAAGAGACAGUAUGUAUGUACUGAGUGUGGGAAAGCCUUUAGUCAGAGUGCAAACCUCACAGUUCAUGAACGAAUCCACACAGGAGAGAAACCGUAUAAGUGUAAGGAGUGUGGAAAAGCCUUUAGUCAUAGCUCCAACCUAGUUGUUCAUCGGAGAAUCCACACUGGAUUGAAGCCCUACACAUGCAAUGAAUGUGGGAAAUCUUUCAGUGGUAAGUCACAUCUUAUUCGGCACCAGGGUAUCCAUAGUGGGGAGAAAACUUAUGAAUGUAAGGAGUGUGGGAAAGCCUUUAGUCGGAGUUCAGGCCUUAUUUCACAUCACAGAGUUCAUACUGGGGAGAAGCCCUACACUUGUAUUGAGUGUGGGAAAGCCUUUAGCCGUAGUUCAAACCUUACUCAACAUCAGAGAAUGCACAAAGGAAAAAAAAUUUACAAAUGUAAGGAGUGUGGGAAAACAUGUGGUUCUAAUACAAAGAUUAUGGACCAUCAGAGAAUUCACACUGGGGAGAAGCCUUAUGAAUGUGAUGAGUGUGGAAAAGCUUUCAUCUUAAGGAAGACACUUGAUGAGCACCAGAGACUUCAUCGUAGAGAGAAACCUUACAAAUGUAAUGAGUGUGGGAAAGCUUUUACUUCUAAUCGAAACCUUAUUGAUCAUCAGAGAGUUCAUACUGGAGAGAAACCCUAUAAAUGUAAUGAAUGUGGGAAAACCUUCAGGCAGACUUCCCAAGUUAUUCUACAUUUGAGAACCCACACUAAGGAGAAACCCUAUAAAUGUAGUGAGUGUGGGAAAGCCUAUCGUUAUAGUUCACAGCUUAGUCAACACCAGAGAAAACAUAAUGAGGAGAAAGACACCUCAUAAAUAACAAAUAUCUCUGGUAAUAGGGCUAAUUGCUACUUUUCUGAAAAGCAAUUUUUAAGU